AUCCCUGAGUGCCGAGCAGCUCAGGCACUGAGAGGCAGGAAGAGAGCGAGAGAAAGUAAGAAGAAAAGGGGGAGUGACUGCAGCAUGCACUCUUAGAAAAAGCUGCUCUGCAGAUUUCAAAAGUCAAAGGGACUGAAAACUUUUUCAAAUACACUUUUUUUUUCUUGGACCUUUACAUCUUUAUUCCAUGAGUGCUACGAGUGUGCUCAGGUCAUUCGGUCCAUCAGCAAUGCCUGGCCCAGUAAUGCCGAUGGAUGUGGCUAUGCGGUUCUACAUCAGCCACUCGCCGCCUCCUCUAAGAGGCUUCCUCAGCCACUACGAGGACCUGCAGAGGGCCAAGAACCGGGUGAAGCAGCCGACCACCCGCAGCCGCAACCAGCAGCUCUACAAACCUCUGCGACCCUGUCUCAGUAACCAGCAGAAAGACGACAGCAACUGUGUGGGCUGGAGCAACAACAAGGCCCGUAAGAAGAGGGUGGUGUUCGCGGACACGAAGGGCAUGUCGCUCACCGCCAUCCACGUCUUCUCCAAGUUUGAUGAUGAGCCAUAUCAAAGCAAGCAUCUACAGGGAAUCGCUGAUGAGCUGCAAUUCGACAUGACCGACCUGGAAACAGCCACAAUGGAUCUAAAGAUCAGCUCGGUGCGCAGCCUGGCGUUAGACUUCAAGCAGCCCUCAGCCGACUACCUGGAUUUCCGGAAUCGCCUGAUUCAGAACUCCGUCUGCUUGGAGAACUGCUCCCUGCAGGAGCGCUCGCUCACGGGCACCAUCAAGGUCAGGAACAUCGGGUUCGAGAAGACAGUGCAGGUGCGUAUCACCUUUGACUCGUGGGUCAGCUUCACAGACGUCCACUGCACCUUCAUGAACAAUGUGUACAGCUGCCAGGACACCGACACAUUCGCAUUCGUCCUGGAGCUGCCCUCCUCCAUCUCUCCACACCAUCGGGUCGAGUUCUGCGUCUGCUUCACGGCCCAGGGCCAGAGCUUCUGGGACAAUAACGAUGGCAAGAAUUAUACGCUCAAGCACGUCGGCUGGAAUGGAGAGGCCCUGAACACUCUGGCCCCCCCAACUUCUGCUGAGCAGAAAAAGUCCUCAGAGCACAAAAAUGGGGAGGUGAAGUUAGCGGAGCUCGAGUUUGAUCAGUUUGGCAGCCCACGCAUGUCCAGCGGACUGUUUCCCGGCUGGCAGAGCUGGGGUCACAUUGAUAACACAGUGCCUUAUUGGUGAAACUGCAGCAUGUUUGCCUUCCUGGCAAUAAAGUGGAAUAAAAUAAACAAAAAUGAACAGAGUGACAGGGCAUUUAGUUCAAAUCCAGCUGUGGGUUGGCUCGCAGCCAGAAACUAAACUGAAGCAAACAGAAACCAGACAGAAGCCUAACUGUAAUGUUCUCAGCUGACCUGGUUUCUGCUGUAGUAAUUGAGGAUGAUGAUGAAUGAUUGAUGAAACGUGGCUGGAGAAUGACGGAUGUUUGGAGUUCUCUAUUGUAAAAUAUUCAUGUGCCUUCUCAUUGUGCCUGCCCACUAAAAUACAAAUUAUUUGUACAAUCCAAGGUAACUCUUAAGCCCCUUUUUGAGGGCCUGAUGGAUUGGGUGAAAUAAGCACUGAUUGAGAUGUCCUUAAUAAUGUGAUAUCUGUAAAUGGAGAUGAUUAAGUCCUUCAUAUUGAAGGGGGAAAAUAUGGGGAGUGCAUGGCCCAAUAAUGCUUCUCUACUGCAGAAAACACAGUUGAUUCAUUGCUAAUGAAAAAUGCACACUAAACCUUUGGAUGGAUGGACAUUAAAAAUGGCCUUAAGUGUAAUAUUUAAGUCAUGCAACCCUUUCUUUCCCUCCAUGUAAAUUGCACAUAUUUGUCUGCUGAGAUGUUCGAGUGGUGAGAUGAUUAUGGAAAUGAGCUGCUAUUGUGUGUCAAGAAAAGAUUCUGCAUGUGAGUGGCUGCUUCGACGAGGGAAGAAGUCUGGAAAUGUCUGUGGAUCUGGGAUGUUGAGAAAGAAAUGAUGCCAGGAGUGAAUGUUUGUUUUCAGAAGUGCAAUUCUUGCAGAUGAGUGUACAGUAUGUGUAGCUGGAAUCGAGAUUUUCUGUUUUUGAAACAGCUCAUGUCUUUUCUGUGGAUCACUUGAAGGCGGGUGUCGCUGACGCGCACCGUGUCGUUAUGUAUUUCCUUUAUGAAAUAAACUGCUAUAUUUGUGCUAAAA